UAUCGAGCGUGAGAAGCCGAGUGACUGACGCUCUCCAGCAGCUUGCUACUAUCCGCUACCAAACCUCGUCCCUCACUACUUUUAAUUUUAGAAUACUAUUGUGCUAACAUUCGUGUCCAAAGACUAGGGUACGUCAACGGCUGCGCACCAUUUGCUAAGCGAAGUGGUCAGAAGGGGUCAUGAGGGUGUCAGGGCCCCUGGUUGCCAUAUAGAGCGGCUGAAGCAGGCAUGGAAAGGAAGUCUCAGAAAGGAUCGAUAGGCCUUGUUGACUUCCCCAACCACCUCAUCCUUUGCCACGACCUUCAUCACUGGCUACGCACAAAGUGUCUUUGCCAACAUUGCCAGUGAGACUUUGUCAUGAGAAUGUCUGAUAAAGUCGACUUUGAAACAACGAAGGGUUCCGAGGCUGCCAACGCCAUGGCGUAUCCAAAAGAUAAUGCCACCCAGUCUGAAGUUUCUAAUGAGGGCGGCAAAGAAAACUCUAGGAAGAUCACGACAAUAGAAGCCAAGCCUAAAACGAGGCUAAAGCUUGUUCGGAGCCUGGCAAUAUGUGAGGAGUCCUUCCCUUGUCCAAAUCUUGAGCCUUCAGCUGGACCUCAGGAUGAAGUCCUCCUUCGAAUGUUGGAAAAGGAUGAUGGAGCUAAACAAAAUCAGGCUCAGAAAGACGUCAUCUGCGACAAGGUGAACAAAGCGGAAAAAAUGCAGAGAAAAAUGGUGUCCAGAGAUUCCAGUCAAGACUACACUGAUUCAACAGGCAUUGAUCUUCAUCAGUUUUUAGUGAACACGUUGAAGAGCAACCCCAGGGACAGAAUUAUGCUGCUGAAGCUUGAACAAGACAUCUUGGACUUCAUCAACAAUAUUGAAAGUCAAAAAAGAACGUUUCCGCCUAUGACGUCCUAUCACAGGAUGUUGUUACACCGUGUGGCUGCCUACUUCGGCAUGGACCACAAUGUGGACCUCACUGGAAAGUCAGUUGUGAUCAACAAAACUACCAACACAAGAAUCCCCGAUCAGAAAUUUUCCGAGCACAUCAAGGAUGACAGAGCAGACGAUUUCCAGAAACGCUACAUUCUUAAACGAGACAACUCCAGCUUUGAUCGCGACGACAGCACCAUUCGGAUGCGUUUGAAAGCAGACAAGAAAAGCAAAUCGAUGGAGGAGAGGGAGGAGGAGUACCAGAGAGCCAGAGAGAGGAUAUUCGCACAUGAUGGAGAUCACUUCAUGCUGGAUCAAAGUGCUCAGGAUGAAGACGUAUGUACACGUACCCAGCACAGGCGGCAAAUGUUCAGUUCAAAAGUUGCAGCUUCCCCCAACUCCGGCCCCCCUCUGCCAUCUGCUGAUUGGCUCUCAAGGACCCACAGGUCACUGGCUGGACGCUCAGGCGCCAGCUGGCAGAGCAGCUCAGAGACAGAGGCGCUGCCACGAAACGGUGAUCCCCGACCAUGGAGCAGUACUGACAGCUCGGACAGCUCCAACCGCCUCGUCCCGCGGCCUGCCAUCACCAAGGCCAGCAGCUUCAGCGGCAUCUCCCCCGGUUUGGCACGAGGGGACAGCACUGCCAGCAGUAAGAGCACCGGGAGGCUUUCCCAAACAGGUUCUGAGUCAUGCAGUAGCUUUGGCUCUUCAUCCAGUUCACUCUCCCGUCCCAAACGGCCUUUCACCAUGUCAGUAUCUUUGCGGCCCAAAAUCUCCAGUAUGCCUUUAAUCCACCCAGCUGCAGACACCAAAGGCUCAGCACUCCCUGACAUGAUGAAGAGUGUCCCGUCACAGCCAACACCUGCCGAUCCAACAAAUUAUUAUGUGAUGUCACUGGACACCUCGGGGAUACCACCUGGCCGCAUUCUAGUGAAUCCACAUACGGGAAAGCCUUUCAUUCAUUCUAAUAGCAGUGCUGUAGCUUGUAGUCCGGCCAGUGUCACACCCCCUGCCGGCAGGGGCCCACAUCAAGGGAAGGUGCCACAGCAGCCGACCUCUGCUGCAAGCCAGCAACAGCACAUCAAUCCCCUCUACUCACAGCCAAUGUGUCAUCCAUUCCAGGCGUCCUCUGAGCCUCUUCACAACUCAGUCUCUUACCAUCUUCCUCCUCAGUUCCUGCCAGUCUGUGCUAACCAACAGUACACUGUGCCUGAAACCAUCAACACCCAAUUUAGUCACAUGACUCUGGCGCAGCAGUCGCCCAGCAACAGCGGAGCUCCGGCCGCAGAUGCCCGCCAUUAUGCAGCACUGUACCACAAUCCUACCCCGGUGGUGUUGCAUGGAGCACCCUCGCAGCAAGUUUCUAACUACAUGGUUGCAGGACCCUCAGGGGGACACCCAGAGAUGCUCCAAGGCCAGCCGGUUUCACUUCCAACUCCAGGACCUCACCAUGCCUAUCCCAGCAGUAUGACUGGUCAUGCUGCUUUUCCUGGGUCCACUCUGAACCAGCAACACACCAGCGUGCUGCAGCAACACACCUACAUUCAUCAGCCGGUCCAGCAGAUAGCCGCAUGCUACUGUUCAUCAACCCACCAUCCUCAGUGCUCCAGCCACCAGCACCAAUGCCGUCCGCCUGUAAACCAUUUGCAGCAUAACGGCUCUCACAGCCAAAUCCUGCCCCAGCAGCAAGUGCACCAGCCUGUGAUGUCAAGCCCAGCGCCCUACCAGACUAUAGUGGGCAUGCAGCCAACACCCAACUUUGCUCUCACCGGUUUCCAGCAAAGCAAUAUUGGCAGCCAGAUGCAAGGCAUGAUGGUCCAGUACUCCCCAAUGCAGUCUUACCAGGUGUCUGUGCCACAGCAUACAGGGCCGAUGUUGGUGUCGUCGUGCCCACCAGGACAAGGCGCGGUGACAGUCGCUGGCGUACAGCCCUGCUACAGCCUUCUCCCUGCUCCGAACCAGCACACUACCAUGAGAAACACCUUCCUUCACAGUUCCACAAUGAGCUUCCUGCCUUCCCCAAUGAUGGAGCAGCUCCAGUUCCCUCAGAACUCAUCCUCCUGUGUUGCUCAGCAGAAUCCAGGGUUGUUGGCCCCGGCCCCCAGCAGCGGAAUAGUGAUGCUGCAAAUGGCAGCUCCCCCCUGCCAGCAGCCCCUGGCGUCCUACCAUUGCCAACAGAAACUAUCCAGCCACAAACACCUGGGCCCCGAGUACCAGCGCACCCGCCGACUCAACGAUCACCCGCCCCCUCCUGAAAACAUGCAGCCUGCCCUCGUCCCCGGCGCUCACACCCUCGUUGAGACAGUCGCUCAGCAUCAAGGGCCUCCCAACAGGCAUCUCGUCCAUCCCUAUCAUGGCCCACCACCACCAACUGCAGCUCCCUACGGUCAUCUGCCACAGUGGACCAGGUCAGCAAGUGCUCAGAGAUCCACCAGGGUGAUGACAAACCAAAUGUGGUUGAGUUACCUUUGAACAAAGUAAGUGACUAUUUCUUUCAAGUGAGGGAGGAAACCAACAUAGUGAGCAAGACAGUGUUCAACAUUUUGAAAGACGAUUAUUAAAUUUUGAUCCUUCUGAAGUCUGCAGUCACUGUGUGGGAAUCGAUCCCACGCCUGUGAUGUUCAUUGCCAUCAAUAUCCGUUUAGAUUCGAUACUGAGUAAAAUUCAAGCUGGUAUUGGCAGUUAGUGUUCCAAUACUUAGUAUAAAUAAAACUAAUUUGUCUGGAGAAUCAAAAAUAGUGUAUUUCACAUUAUAGCUUCAUAAAGAAUACACGACGGAGUAAUUUAUUUAUUUUAAACUUGGAAGUAUAUUGAGGUAGCAGUUAGACACUUAAAUAAUUUUAUAAUGGUGGGUGACUCAAAUUGAAAUUGCCAGUUAAUAUUUAAAUAAAUGCCCUAAUAACUGCAUGUUUGUCACUACUUAGAUUAUAAAAUAUUGAUUUUAACACUGAAAGCAAAUGAGAUUGGUUGUAAAUAAUUAUUGUAUAUAUCUUUUAUCCAUUUUCUUCCAUGUUCACCAUGGCUGUGUUAUCGCAACUGCUCUGUUAAAUUUGAUACAUAGUACAUGUAAUCCACUUAACAUAAUCAAUUCUUGAGGAAACCUUACCUGAAUAAAUCUAUGCUGUUUUGCCUAUGUGAGAUUAUCUGUGUUUAACAUUAUUACUCCAAACUGGACUCAUGCAGCUAUUUGUUGAAGCAUGUACCUUAUUAAUUCUAUUACUUUUUUCACAACCGUAUUUAUUAAUUUGAACAACUCCAACAGUGUUUAAGCGCUGCUUAAUUCCUAGAUCAGACAACAGGAUUUUAGCUCCAAUAUUGGCCCGAUUGGCUAUUGCGGCCUGUUUCCCGGAUUGGGCCAGACAUAUUUUGUCAGCAAGGACGAAACUUCUUGUAGUGGGACAUAAUCUAAUCAAUUGACCAACGAUUUGGCCCUACGAUAGCCCUACGACGCCAAAAUGAAAAGUCAAGCAUGUUUGAUUUUUAUUUAUUUAUUUGUGUGUGUGUGUGAUAUCUUCCGUGUAGUGUGACAUAUCAACGACAACUCUCCAACAGUGCACCUUGACGUCGGCCAAUAGGAUUGCGACCGGCGCUUCGCCUCCCUUGCUCGCCGUUGUCAAUAUGCUUUUAUUCACAUGCAAGAACCAAUGUUGACUGAAGCUUUAGCGCAUGAUUGGACAGAAUGCCAUCAUGUUUACGUACAAACGUUAGCUUGCUAGGCUACAUAACAUUAUGCUGUCUGCUUGCAAGCCGUAUCAUAUAAAAAGUACGUAACUUACCACAAGCUCUUCUUGAAUGGACAGCCCACUCCCGAGCACCAGUGACGCCACCACGUUUUUCCCCUUUUUGUUCUUUUUUUUUUCCCCCCCCCAACACAAUGGCGCAAUCCAUUCUUAUUGUCCCCAUGGUAACGGGUGUAUCUGCUCUUGUUGACGAGUGACACGUUUUCUGGUGCCGCCUCUCCGACAAUGUUUGAUUUGACAAGAUAAAACCCAGUAAUCGUAAAAGACGGGAUACAGUUCGUAUCGUAAUAACUGUCGUGCAGUGUUGCCAGUGGCUUGCCAAGAUAGGGCAAGAUUUUAUGGAAGUAGUCUGACAUAGUGCCAUUGUGAAAUACCACAUUUGUAGUCUGAUCCAGGCAUUAAGCUCCACAUUUUCUCCAUCUGAUUGUAUCUGGAUAGUGCCUGCCUGAAUCACAGAUGGAACGACACUGUGCCCUCCUCCUCUCUCCGUGACUCCGCCUCAUCAUAAAUGCGUCGUAUUCUGUGUUGUUGUUUAACCUGAAGUGUUUCACAAGCUUUGUUGUGUUGGCACAACUCAUUAAUGGUCUUCCACAAACAUCACAAAUCGUGUCUUGGAUGUUUGGAUCUGAAAUAGCUCUACACAUAACUCCACUACGCUCUGCUAUUAUACCAUUAUACAGAGAGACUGAUGCCUGAGCAGCAUGGCGUGCUGCCUACACGUUACGCACUUACCAAAGCAGAAGAAAAAGUAGUUCCCACCAACCUCGUAUUAAUUAUCCAAGAUGUCAAUCCUUGAGUUACUUUCUACUGCGUUCAUGUUAAGGAUAUACUGUACAUUACCACUCAACUGACUGAUGUAUCAAAAGUAUUGGUACUUGGAUUUAAAAAUCAAUUUCAGCAUAAAGGUCUGGAAUCUCAGGUAUAUAGAGUAUUUCAAUAUUGAUCCACACAUCACUAUCCUGCACUGGGGAGAACAUGUAAACUUCACACAGACGCUGUGUUUGGAAUUAUUCACUUAUUCCCUGAUCACUGUAUUGCGAUUUUUAUAUAGUGGACUAUAUACAUCCAUUUUCUGUACCGCUUUAUCCUCACAAGCGUUGCGGGCGUGCUGGAGACUAUCUCAGCUAUCUUCAGGCGAGAGGCGGGGUACACCCUGAACUGGUCGCCAGCCAAUCGCAGGGCAGAUAUAAACAAACAACCAUUCGCGCGCACAUUCACAGAUACGGGCAAAUUAGUCUUCAAUCAACCUACAACGCAUGUUUUGUUUUGAGAUGUGGGAGGAAACCGGAGUGCCCGGAGAAAACCCACACAGGCACGGAGAGAACAUGCAAACUCCACACAGGCGGGGCCGGAAUUUGAACCCUGGUCCUCAGAACUGUGAGGCAGAUGUGCUAACCAGUCGGCCAACGUGCCACCGGACUAUAUACAGUGGGG